AUGGCACAAGUCGAAAAGGCAGCCAAACCCGGCGAUUUGGCCGUGGUGACUGUCGAGAUCGGCAUCCAGCAGAUGGACGAGCUGCCCUCGUCGCCAGAAACCGCCGUGGAUCUGGAACUGUACGCCGCUGUGACCAACAAGGCCGAAGGUGCAGUUGGCGAGACUCAAAGACGUGAAUCUGAUCACAAAACCGGAGAAGAUGCAGCCAAGCCCGUUGCAGAUGCCUCUGCGCUGAAAAAGAGUUCGAAAGAUAAGUCGCCCAAGGCCAAACGGGUGAAAAGUAACGGUGAUCGGACCAUCACCAUCAGCGAUACACAAAUGGAGGAGUAUCGUGGAAUCGCACUUCGUUUGUACAACGAAGAGUUUUUGUCCAUCAAUGCCGAGGAGUAUACGCAGUUUUUAGCCUCGCAAGAUCAAGAGAGCGUGGUGAUCUGUGAGCUAUACAUGGACUUGUUCCAGUGGGACAAAGACUUGUUGAGAUCCACACGUAUGUUGUGUCUGAAGCUUCAUCUCAAGGGUGAAUCACAGGAAAUCGACCGUAUUCUCUCCGCAUUCACUCGUGCGUAUCUCAAGAGACAUCCAGACAAUGUCUUCUGUACUAAAGACUUCGAGAAGAUCUAUAUCGUAUUGUACAGUUUGAUCUUGCUUAAUACCAAUUUGCACAAUGCAGAGGUCGGCAAACGGUCCAAGAUCUCACAGAUUGACUAUAUUGGCAACACUCUCAGUACAUUCAUCCAGCAAAACCGCAAAACUGCUCCUCUUACUGUGAAACAGAGGAUCCAGAUUGAGCGGGAACUCCACUCGUAUUACGAUGCCUUGGCUAAAGAGCAGCUUUUCUUAAAGACGGACGACGUAGCCGCUGCUGCCGAUAAUAGGAUGCUGGCAGCUUCGAAGCGUCUCUCUGUCGCAGAUACUGUGUUGUCUGGUGUGUCUCACUUUGAUUCUGAGCUUGACUCACGCCAAUCCCCACAUGGCGCCGACGCAGGCAAAACUUCUGCCGCUGCACUCAAUGGCAAUGCUUUUGCCUCCGAUUCAAGUAGAUACGGUGUUGCUGCCACUCCUCUGCAACCUUUCCAUGAUAGACGUCCCUACUCCCAAAUGCCACAUACGCCCGUGAACCCCGGGGCCAACUUGAGCUCUGCCAACGUGAGCCAUCGUGCAAGCCCCCAAACUGGAUUUGGUUUCACUCGUGCCCUUGCAUCUGAAGUUCCAGCGCAUCGCGCUUCUGCAGCUAGUUCACUUCGAGCCGCUCACAAUGACAUGAACUUGAACCGGCGCUCAUCUCGCGCAUCCUUAAUGACAAAAGAAUCUCAUCAAUCGCAUGACCACACUGAAGACAUGUUCUCAAUGGUUUCUUUCGAAGAUAAUUCAGGCUUCAACUACGACUUCGGCUCGUACAACACCUACGACCAAGAUACCUUCGACGUUGAGGACUUCCAGGACCGCGUUGAUUUGCAGUUGGAAUUGCAAGGCUCCCCAUACCUUAAGGAAGGGUUGCUCAAGCUCCGGAUUUUGAACAACGAUAAUUCAGACUUCACUGGAGGUGGCGAAAACGACGCUGCUUCUGCGCUGGAGCUUUCCAUCGGCCAGCGCUCGAACAUGUUCAGUUUCUUCCGCUCUUUCACCAGCUCUAAGCCCAAACCGGCUGCGCAAGUUUCUCUGGGCUCUCUUUUCCAGAAGCAGACGGAAUACUUUGUGGUUGUGUCCAAGGGUGAGCUCCGUCUCUACUCUUUUGACCCUAAGACAGUCAAGAAACAACAGAAAAAGCAACAAAAGUCCAAUUUCUUCAGCGGUGUGGAGGAAGAAGUCGGAGACGGAAAUUGGUUGAGAAACGCCGCAAACGUCGGAAACUACAACCUUUGCUCCACGGUGGCACGUCUUGAGCGAAACUCAACCACCCCCAACGGUGUCAAGAAACCUAUUUGGACACUCAUUUUCCCCAGGGUCUCAAAGAAGCCGCAAAAACGAUUUGUGUUCGAAGCUGGUACCCACGAAGUUGCAAAUGAAUUCGUUAACACUUGUAAUUUCUGGGCUUCCAAGAUUACCGCAGUUCCACCUUUGGAAGAGACCGUAUCCUCUAUUGAGUACGGAUGGACUGACCUUGAUUCCCUUCAAUACUGCCGUGAUGGCUUCAAGAAAACCCGUAUUUUGUCGAAAUGGGAGCCACUUCCUCGCGGAGUAUACUUCAGCAACUAUGUUCUUCCUGACCUGGACGCAGAGCCCGGAAAGGAACACGAGGGAAUCAUGAAGCAGUUCCUUCAGACGCUCAAAUACUACAAUCACUUGAAGUCUUUGUACAUGCAAUUCUCACGCCAGAAGGUCAUGUUCGUGAAGAUGUUCCGCCGGUUUGCUGGAUGCUCCAACUAUACGCUUGUAGUCAACAACUACGAGCAGAAAUCACAUGAGUAUAAGUCUGAGCUCACGCGCUAUAAGAGCUACAUUGUCAUGCUCGCUUAUGGAUUGAAGCUUCGUCUCGAUUUGGAGGACGAAGACCGUCAAGGUAGCCUAAGUCUCAAUGACAAUGGCUACGACACCACACAAAAAGAACCAAGCAUGAGCAGGCUCUCGCUGUUUGUAACCGCCAAAACUGCACGUCCUGACACUAACAUCGGUGGUGACAAGGAUGACGACAUCAAGACCGUUGUGAUUCGAGAAAUCAAUAAACUUCUCAAUACUUCGAGUGAAAUGAACCGUCUUUUUGCCAACGAUCCCAACUAUAAGGCUGAGGUUGUCAGCCACAACGGCGACACCAACAGCAUAAUGGUCAAGUCGCCUAAGACGUAUAGCAUCCCCAACUUGACGGACUUCGAUUCCAGUCCAAUCAAGCAAUUGCUCUCGAUUGACUCGAAGCCGGAGCACGAAAGAACCAUCGCUGACAUGACCACCAGCUUUUCCACUGCCACAAUCAGAGAGGAAGAGGAGCCCGAGGACAAAUAA